AUGGGGAUGAGAAUGUAAUAUCAUACCCACCCAUAUUCAUUCGUUAAUCUUUAAUCAGUUAACUAACUUCAUACUAUUCUCUAUAUUCAUCCCUGAACUUGACAGCUGCCAUACACUCAAACCAUCAUGUCCAUGUCCAUACCAUCCAUUCCUUAACCUUGAAGCCUUGCCCAUCCCUUAAACCACCACAACAAGAAGAACCCUUUCUCUCCCCUCCCUUCACCAGACCAACCUCCCCAAAAUAAACCCAUAAAAAUACAAAAAGAAAAGAAAGAAAAAGAAAGAUGGUCUCCCCCCUAACAACAACCUUCAUCCAAUCCACCAUCCUAAACGCCAUCGCCAACAUCCUAGCGCAAAUAAUAGACCAUCAUCGGAAAUCCAAAACCACAUUCACCCCCAACCUCCCCGCCCUGCUGCAAUUCAUCACCUACGGGAUCAUAAUCGUUCACCCGAAUUUCAUCUGGCAGAGGUAUCUUGAACGACGAUAUCCGGGGUUUCUUUUCCGGGGAUCAUCAUCAUCAUCAUCAUCUACUCCCCACUCAUCACCACCCACACCCCCAUCUACUCACUCCUACGGUAAGAAAGGAGCAGCAGCAGCAGGAGGAAAAGGAGGGCUCGGAGAAAUAUACAUCUCCAUCCCGGAUCCGACCUCUAAUGUUCUUCUGAAAGAAAAGAACCCAAACUUCCUCCCUGCGCAAAGGAGGCGCAGAGGAGGAUGGUAUAACUUCCUCAUGAAAUUCCUGCUCGAUCAGACGGUGGGAAGUGUAUUGAAUAUCGUGCUGUUUAUUGUGUUGAUUAAUUUGCUUAAGGGGGUGGGAGUGGGGGAUGUUUGGGGGUUGGUUUGUGAGGACUUCAAACCUAUCAUGAUAGCGAGACUCAAAUACCGACCUGUUGUCUCGUUGCUCAUGUACACGGUUGUGCCGGUGGAUCGGCGCGUCGUGUUUGGGAGUGCGUGUGGGGUGAUUUGGGGGGUGUAUUUGAGUUUGUAUGCUGUUGUUUAAUCCUCUUUUCUACUGUUGUUGGUAUUAGGGUUAUAGGAGAGUGAGGUGGGCGUGGUCAGUCUUUACAUUUCUUUCGUCAGCGUGAUACCUCGUCUUUGGCCAUCAUU